GGGUUACAUGAGCUGCAUCUUACAGGUGAGGAAAUGGAGGCCCAGCUAAGAGGAAAUGACUUUUCCAUAGCCACAUGGCCUGUGAGUUACAAAGCAGGAAGGCUAACCUGCAGCCUUCCCUGUUCAAUUCACACCAGAAAGGACGAUUUAGGAACUAAGAUAGUUUUUUAAGAGGUGACCACCAUGAUCCCCUGGGUGCUCUUUGCCUGUGCCCUUCCUUGUGCCGCCGACCCGCUGCUAGGUGCCUUUGCCCGCAGGGACUUCCAGAAGGGCCUCCCUCAACUCAUCUGCAGCCUGCCUGGCCCCCAGGGCCCACCCGGCCCCCCAGGAGCUCCAGGGCCAGCAGGAAUGAUGGGAAGAAUGGGCUUUCCAGGGAAAGAUGGCCAGGAUGGCCAGGACGGGGACCGGGGGGACAAUGGAGAAGAAGGUCCUCCUGGCCGGACAGGUAACCGGGGAAAGCCAGGACCGAAGGGCAAAGCCGGGGCCAUUGGGCGCGCGGGCCCCCGCGGCCCCAAGGGGGUGAGCGGGGCCCCGGGGAAGCACGGCACGCCCGGCAAGAAGGGGCCCAAGGGCAAGAAGGGGGAGCCGGGCCUCCCGGGCCCCUGCAGCUGCGGCAGCGGCCACGCCAAGUCGGCCUUCUCGGUGGCGGUGACCAAGAGCUACCCGCGGGAGCGGCUGCCCAUCAAGUUCGACAAGAUCCUGAUGAACGAGGGCGGCCACUACAACGCGUCCAGCGGCAAGUUCGUCUGCGGCGUGCCGGGGAUCUACUACUUCACCUACGACAUCACGCUGGCCAACAAGCACCUGGCCAUCGGCCUGGUGCACAACGGCCAGUACCGCAUCCGGACCUUCGACGCCAACACGGGCAACCACGACGUGGCCUCGGGCUCCACCAUCCUGGCUCUCAAGCAGGGGGACGAGGUCUGGCUCCAGAUCUUCUACUCAGAGCAGAACGGGCUCUUCUACGACCCUUACUGGACCGACAGCCUCUUCACGGGCUUCCUCAUCUACGCCGACCAGGACAACCCCAACGAGGUGUAGGCCGGCCAGUGCUGGGUCUCCGAGGAGGCCAGUGGCUCCUAGACUUGUGCCUCCAGAGCAAGACCCCUGAACUGUCCUCCGGGGACUGGGAGUCGGGAGCUUUUAAACUCAGGCCGACCUCCUCUACCCCUGCUUCCCUCCAUCAUUAAACCCAAGAUUUUUAAUUCACCCUCCCGUCUCUCCACUCGCUAAUUUUCUCAGUAUGCACAGUGUGGCAGGCACUGUGCUACACUCUGGAAGUCACCUCCGUGAACAGGACCGACAGAGGCUCUCUCCUCGCGGGGCUUACACUCCGAUGGGAGAUACAAUUUACAAAUAAGCCAACCAAUAGCGUAAUUACUGGGCCAGGAUGGAAAUGCACAAGCCAUGGUGGAGAGUCAAAGGAAGAACAGGAGAUAGGGAAGAGGGAGACAUUGGUUCCUUUAGAUUUCAACUUUUAUGGUUUAUUACAUACAGUAAAGUCGACAAAUCUUCAGUGGACAGCGCAAUGAAUUUUUACCUACGUACAUCCUGUCACCUGUGUGUUUAUCAAUAACAGAAUAUCUCCAGCCCUGCACAACUCCCCAAGGCUCUCUGAAGUCCCCUCCAAGUCAGUACCAGAAAGAGGUUCAGUUUUAAGCCGACCCCUGAAGCAGAAGAUAGAACCAGGCAGGGGUCCGGGCAGGGUGACCUGGCGGAAGGAGCUGCAGGUGCAAAGGCUCUGAUGCAGGAAAGAGCUUGGCACAUCUGAGGACCUGCUGAAGGCCAGAAGGAUGGGCGAAGGCAGAAAAGAGAUGGGAGGCCUGGGGUGCGAGGCUGGAAGGUUGUUCAGAAUCUCACAGCCCGUAGCAAAGAGUUCAUUCUACUCUAGAAGGGAAGAGUCGGCGUGACAUUCACACAGGGGUAACCUGAUAUCUGCUUCUUGCAGGAGUCAAGUCAGUGCCCCACUGAAGUGCUUCAUUAUUAGUUAGAAAUCACCUGCAGACCCACUUCUCAAUCAGGAAGAUACCUGGGGUAUCCACAAGCCUGAAAACCACUGGGCAGGAGUGAUGCCUGUACACGAACUUGCCCCCUCCGCACGGGUUCCAGCGCGCAGGGAUCUGAGCGGCUGGUGCUGAGACGCCCUCCCCACCCCCGAGGUCAAUUACUGCCGAGAACUUUCUUAUGGAGGCGUAGGUCCCAGGCAGACUGUGCUGACCAACUUGUAGCUGGAAAGGCAAGGCCAAGAGGGCCCCCUUGAGGACAGAAAAUGCUGCCUGGAGUGGUCCUGGAAAGUGUGGCCCCCUCAUGAAAAAAAAAAAUGGAUUUACUUAAAAGAA